CCUAACUCUGUGCUCCCUACAGACACGAGACCACUCCAACGUGUUCGUGUCGACACGACUUCAGCAAGUGAGGCUUUCUCAUCGGCCAUGCGAUUUCCUACGGACUAGUACUCCCAUCUUGUUCUACGGUCCUUCACAGAUACAGCCAGCCUCUAUUUAGACUGCCAUCUCCGAUCUCUCCACCCUCCAUAACACUCCGAAUUGGACUACAAGAUGGACUCCGAGGAUGGAUCUGAUGGUAUCUUAGUGAAUGAACCACAACACCCAUCUCCUCCGCAUGAUCUCGAAGCCGCUAUUGAAACCGAAACACGGCCUCCUCCCCUCUCACGCUCCUCCACGUAUGGCAAGAAAUGCUGGAUAUGUAUGAGUGAUGCAUCCGAAGAUGAUCCCAACAACCCACCUGUGUGGCGGUCGCCGUGUAAAUGCAGCCUUACAGCACACGAGUCUUGUCUGUUGGAUUGGGUAGCAGAGUUGGAACACCCCAAGAAUAACAAGAAAAAGAAAUCUCAGAUCCAGUGUCCAAGUUGCAAGAGUGAGAUCAAGAUCUCAAGACCGAGGAGCUUCGUUGUGGAUGGUUAUCGAUCAUUAGAUCGCGCCCUAGGGAAACUCGUCUUGCCAGGCCUUGGGCUCGGGGCUCUAGGUAUGGUGACAACCGCCUUUUGGGUUCAUGGCUUCGAAUCAGUCUAUCUGGUCUUCGGCUACGAAGAUGCAAUUCAAAUCUUUCAACGCGCAUCGAGAAAACCCAGUCGAGUCUUUGCUUAUGCUCUGAUACCCAUCAACCUCAUCUUCUCCCGAACCCAGUAUGCCGACUUUGUGCUUCCGGGAGGCACACUAUUUCUCCUUUCCACUCAACUAAGCGACAGAUUCGAAAUUGACAUGACAGUCUGGCCGCCGCGACCAAGCACUGUUUUUGCAUGCUUACCCGCAAUGAGGUCGAUGUAUGGGUGGUUAUACCACAAGACCUUCUGUAAUCUGAACAAGAAAUGGCUGGAGGAGAUUCGUCCCAGAUAUGGACAGCAAGAGGAAGAAGCACAAGGCGACGACGAAAUGGCCCCACAGAGAGGAGGCAUUGUUGUUAAUGACGAUGAUAAUGGAAACGAUCUUGGAGAUGGAAUGCAAGAAAUGGCCGAGGAGGGAGAGGUCGUUCUCGAAGUGCAAAUAGGGCCGGAGAACCAGCAGGGAAACAAUGUUCACCACAUCCUCGGAGAGCGUGGAGAUCAAUGGAUCGAUGGCACGUCCUCAAUCGGCCAGACGGUAAUGGGUGCACUGGCCUUUCCAGCUGUGGCGGCCAGCAUGGGUUCGCUGCUGAAAUUUGCUCUUCCAACAUCGUGGCUGAGCAGUGCCAAUACCUUAAAUGGACGAUCCGGACUGCUUCGCACCAAAUGGGGUAGAAGCGUCCUUGGAGGAUGUUUGUUUGUUGUUCUCAAAGACGCCUUGAUCUUAUACUGCAGAUGGAGGCUGGCGCAAAGUCACAAGUCAAGACGCAUCAUGAACUAUGACAAGAAGACUCAAAAAUACUCAAUAUGAGAAGACAGUGGUGGGGGAUAUCACAGGGUUUAUGGCCAUGCGGGAGGAGAAGAUGCAAGGUAGUCUUCAGUCCAUGAUAGAUACCCAUUAAUGAUAUUUUAAUCGCUUGAUACCUCC